AAAUGACAAAUGACAAUCGAUGAAAAGCCCUGUGUUGUGUUGUAAUUUCUAAAUCCAAAAAGUGGAUAGAAAAUAGAAAAGUGAAACGCUUGUAAAUAUGGUAACUACAACCGCUCUAAGUACGUUUGUUAUAUUUAUUUGUAAAGAAAAUGUCUAAAAUCAAGCGUAAGAUAACUGUGAAUUUGAGUACAAAAGGCAAAAGCGGCGUCCUGAAGACAAGACCUAGUGUAUUUGAAAGACUUGGGACCAAAGCAACAAAUACAGGAAAAGAAUAUUGCCAUCCCUGGGCCCAGAGUGGCUCUUGCCCAUAUGGCAAAGGCUGCAAAUAUUCCAGCACUCACACUCUUAUAAGUCCAUCAAAGCAGAGAGCAGCCAAAACACAGAGAAGGCAUGUAAAAGAUGGACAUAAGAGAUCACAACAUGAAGAGUGGGAUCAGUGGGACCCAGAUGAACUGGAAGAUGCAGAUCCAGAUGAUCUAGAGAGAAAAAGACAAGAGUUGCAGAGAGAACUUGAACUGCAAAUGAAGAUGGAGAGCAAAGCCAAGAAAAAAGAAAAGAAGAAAGAAAGCAGUCCAAGUACUGAUACUUCUAGUACUACUACAGAUUCUUCAACUUCAAGUGAUGAUUCAAGUAGCACAAGCUCUAGCUCUGCUGAAGCAAGAAGGAGGAAAUUGAAAAAGAUAAAGACUAAAAGGAGUAGCUCCACUUCUUCCGAGGAAAGAGGUAGAAGUAAACACAAGUCAAAAAUCAAGAGAACAUCUAAAUCAACAAUAAGGGAUAAAUCAAAAAAAGGUAGUAAAAUGAUAAAGACUAAAUCUGUCUCACCAACUCGACAACGAAAGAAAUCUGAAACACCACCAAUAAAAUCCAAAGCCAUAUCUAGUUUUAAAAAGUUGAGUUCUGAGAAGUCUCCUCGUCCUCUUAGCCGUACAAGUAUUAAAGAGAAACAUCGCACUCCGUCGCCAAAACCAUCCAAAGACAAAGAACGCGAAAAAGAACGGGAAAGAGAACGCGAACGAGAGAAAGAAAAGGACAAAGAAAGGGAACGCGAGAGAGAAAAGGAAAAAGAACGAGAGAGAGAACGGGAGAAAGAAAGAGAGCGAGCUAAAGAACGCGCUAAAGAAAGAGAACGAGAAAAAGAGAAGGAACACAAGAAAAAAGAGAUAGCAAGAUCGCCGAAACGGGACAAUAGAUCGAUAAAAGACAUCAGAAAAAGAGAUACGCCAGAUUCUGCUCAUCCUAAAGAUAGGAAGUUGUCGCCUGGAAGAAGUAAGGGUGGUGGAAGAAGAGAUCACAAGAGUCCCAUGAAAGAUGAGAGGAGAACAGAUCGAAGGGAUGAUCGAGGCAGAGGUAAAGACAUAAGAUCGACGGACAGGGGUCCAGCUCGUAAAGAGACGACCAAACGGGAUUCCCGUGAUAGGGAAAGAGAACGUGAGAGAGACAGAGAACGACGACUAGCAAGAGAAAGGGAGGAGGCGCGGGAAAAGGAACGAGAAGAAGCACUGGCGAGAUGUCAAGAAAGACAAAGAGAAAGGGAGCGGCUCAAGAAAGAAGAAGAACAGAGGAGGAGAGAGAGGACUAGGAGGGACGAUAGAGGGUUAGAUAAACCUUCAGGUGAUCGUGUGGAACGUCUUCUUCCUCCAAUUGAAGAGCGAGUUCCGCCAUCCCGGAAGGGACACUCCACUGAAAGAGAUCGCGAUAGAGGACGAGAUGUUCGUGGACGAGAUCGUAGUACCGACCGUCCACGAAAGUCUCCCGAUAGACGUGGCGACAUGGAUAAGGAUCGAUCAUAUGAUAGGGGCUACGAUAAUAGAAGCCGACCUGAUCCCGAGAGAGACUACAUCCCAGGGCAUAGAGACAAGGAUUAUGAUAGUCCUUACGAGAGGGGACGUCCACUUGACGACAGAAGGUAUUUAGAUGUGGACGAACACUACGGAGAAGGUGUCAGAGAUGAUAGGAUGUAUGGUGCCCCUGUUGAUGAUAGAAGAAGCAGGAGAGAUAUGUGGGACGAAAGAGGAGUUGAUGACAGAGAAAACAUAGAUCACAGAUCUCGAUACGCACCGAGAGACGAUCACAAUCUGAAAAACAACCGUGGCGGAGAUUGGGGCGAUCUUCAACAUGGUGAAUAUUCCAAUCACGACUGGGAUAGGAACAGGCGUCCGGUAAAUUCAGAAUGGGACGCCAGAGAAAACUGGGAUAUUGAUCAGCACAAACAAACAGGCGCCGGGCAAGGGGAAGACGAUUGGAGACAUUAUAACAGGCCGGUGGAUUCUUGGACUAAUGACGACAGGAGAAGAUGGCCGCAGGAGUGGAGGGAUCGAUCGAGACCGAGAAGUGCCACUUCACAUCAAGUGGAACCUGUGAAUGUGCCACCUUCAGAAGAUUCCAAUCUGGAAUCGAAUCGCAAAAAGGAAAUUCCGCCAUUGUUGCAACCGGCACCAGCUGCAGAAGAACCUGGCGUUAAACCCGAAUCUUCAGAAGAAGAAACCAUGAAGCAAUCCUCUCCGCCACCAGUUAAACGUGCCGCGGAUGAAGCCGUAGAUAGUCCGGGUAGUGCAAAGAAGAUCUGUGUAAAACAAGAGACCGUCCAACCACCUCUCGAAGAUGAUCUCAGCGAAAUUAGUGAUGAUGCCGACGAUAUUCUAAAUAUGGUUGAAGAUGUUCCAGAUAGUCCAAUAAAAGAAGAAUCAACAGAAGCUCCAGAAAUACAGGAGGCUGCUGCAACAACUUCUGUAGCUGCUCUCGAGGUUAAUACUUCGGCAACGUCACAAAAAUCCCAAUCACCACCUCCUGAACAGCAAACUGCACCCAAAUCUCCUGCAGGUGUAGCUGCUCCAAACAACAAAGGAGGAUCGAUCGACGAAGAUAAUAUGGAGUUAGAUUUUGAGGAGAUAUCGGAGGAUGAAUUGGAGGAAGAAUCGAAGAUGAGAGGUUUAGUUGACGCUUUGGGGGUUGAUUGGUCAAGUUUAGUUGCUGAAUCUAAACCUAGAACAAAACCAUUCAGCUGUGCUAAAAUCAGAUGGGAAGCCCAUAAUGUAUUGGUUAAUUUAGGCGUUUCUGUACAAUUAGCAGGGGAGACUUUAGUUAAAGAUAUACUAAAACAACACGCCGCAGCUAAGUUAGAACACCAAAAAGAAGAAGUAGUUGUUAAAACGGAAAUAUCGAGCAUUGUAAUUAAAAAAGAACCCCAAGAACUGAUUAUGAAUGGAGUGGAGGUGAAAAUAAAGUCAGAGCCUACUGAGGAAACACAAAUGGAGCAAAUCUGUGAAAUAAAAAUGGAACCAAUGGACACUGAAGAAAUACAAGUGCCCCAUCCAAUAGCAGUUAUCCAAGUUGCUGAUAGGGAGAAAUUAGCCAUUCGAAAGAGUCUUUUCACUAGUGUUGGAUCCCAUAGAAGAGCUCUGGCAGCCAGAAGAGAUUUGACGAUUCGAAGACAUCUCUGCAACUUACCCAUCACCGACAAACACGUCGAAGCUCCCAAGAGGCACAAUCCUGAGUUGUUCCAACUCGCUACACAGUUGUUUGAAAGAAGUUUAUAGUUUUUUGUAAAUAUUUAGGUAUUCAGUUUUGUAACUUUUUAGUCGAAUUGAUACUUAUAUAAUGUUUAUAAAAGUUAUAAAAUACUGUUUAA